AUGCCCCGUUUAGAUUUUAUUCUUUGUUUUGGGGCUUUGCAUGGCCCCUCGCCGCCCCGCUCCGGCCCUCCAUCAACGCCUUUCAGCCCCGUUGCUGCCACCUCCUCGGUCUGGUUUCAGGAGCUUGCGUUGCUCCUCCGGCGGCUCAAGGCGGGCGGCCACCGCGCCCUGAUCUUCACUCAGAUGGCCAAGAUGCUGGACGUGCUGGAGGAGUUUCUGAACCUGCAUGGACAUACAUACAUGCGACUGGACGGCUCCACACGGCCAGAGCAGCGCCAGGUGCUCAUGCAGCGGUUCAACACGGACCCCAAGAUCUUCGUGUUCAUCCUCUCGACCCGUUCCGGCGGUGUGGGUAUCAACCUGACGGGCGCCGACACCGUCAUCUUCUACGACAGCGACUGGAACCCGGCCAUGGACGCCCAGGCUCAGGACCGCUGCCACCGCAUCGGCCAAACGCGGGAGGUAUGCGUGCACAUUUAUCGGCUGGUUUCGGAGAACACCAUCGAGGAGAACAUCCUCCGCAAGUCGGAUCAGAAGCGGCAGCUGGAUUACCUGGCCAUCCAGUCCGGGGGCUUC